AUGAGCUCGUCUUCCCUCGGGUCUUCGUCGAGGUAUGUUGAUGUGAGUGGUGCCGACGGCGAAGCACACGUUCCAGUGAGCACCACAGACGAGCUGGAUCCGAGUUUAGCCGGCGGCUUCCGAGUGAUCUACGACCGAGAAACGCCCUUCGAGCUUCGAAUCCAAGAUGCCGACAACACUCCACAACAGAUCGGAACUCUUGAAGCGAUCAAGGUGAAGAUCUUGAUUCUGGGAAGUGAUACCGACAUCCACGUGGUUCGCCUCGAGCUUUCCACUGAGAGCGACCUGUUCUUCCUGUACACACACACCUGCGACCUGGAGAGCUUCCACGCCAUGCAAGAGCAGCAGAAACUCAUGGUGGACUUCGCUGAUUACGCCAACGUGUUGAUUCGUAUGCUCAACAACUGCAUCAAGGAGCCGCACAAUCAUCUUGCAGUGUACCUCAUGCAGGCCGAUGGCCGAGCGCGGUUGGACUUCAUCCAGAACAUGGAGUACAAGUUCAUCGAGCUCCUCUCCGUAGACUUUAUGCGCGCCUCGGAGGACACGAUCCGCCAGCACAUAACCUUCCGCUACACCUCCAUGAAGUCGCGUCUUCAAGUGCUGCAGACGCGUCUUCACGAGGUCAACAGCAUCGUCAAGACCAAGAAUCCAUCGCUACUUCUGCAGCUUCAAAAGACCGUGCCAUCGCCAUCGUCGUCCCGGAACCGCUACCUCACUCAUUAA